AUGGGCAGCGGCGGCGCGGGCCGCGGCCGGCGAUGGGCGAGGAGCAGAGCACGGUGAGCGGCGGCGGCGGCGGGCCCCAGGAGGCGCGGGUCCCGGACCGGGGCGCGGCGGGCUACCCCGAGCCCCCGAGGCCGCGGGGGGACAGCGCCGGGGCUCCGGGGCCAAGCGCUGCCUCGGCCGAUCGGAGCGGCGGCCGCGGAGGCGGCUGCGGAAGCGACUCCGGCCGCGCGGCCACCACCGCCCCCGAGCCCGCCGGCAGCCGCGGGGCGGCGGGGUGGCAGAAGAGCCCAGCACCUGGGCAGCACGCUGGACUGGAGCUCACCGGGCCCCUCGACCCCCAGACUUUGCAACUGCAGCUGGAGCGGGAGGAAGAGGAGGAGGAGGAAGAAGACGAGGAGGAGGAAGCUGGGCACCGAGAAGAGGGAGGGGGUGCGCUGCAGGAGGCGCCGCCCGGAGAGGACCCUGAGCCCAGGACCCGAAUGGGGGCCUCCGACGGACGGGUCCUGGACAUGCUGGGUCCGCGGCGCCCGCCCUCCCAGAGACAAGUCUUCUGCUCCGUGUACUGCGUGGAGAGCGACCUGCCUCGGCUCCCCUCCUCCGAGCAGCCCUCGCCGCCCGCCUCCCCACCCCGGGCGCCCCCGGUGCCCAACCCCUCCAGCCCUCCAUCUUCCUUCCCUGGCUCCCAGCUGUCCCUUCCAGCCGACCCCCUCUCCCCCGACGGCGGCAGCAUCGAGCUGGAGUUCUACCUGGCUCCGGAGCCUUUCUCCGUGCCCAGCCUGUUAGGAGCUCCACCCUACUCUGGCCUGGGCGGGGUAGGGGAUCCCUAUGCGCCCCUCAUGGUGCUGAUGUGCCGGGUGUGCCUGGAAGACAAGCCCAUCAAGCCCCUGCCCUGCUGCAAGAAGGCCGUGUGUGAGGAGUGCCUCAAAAUCUACCUGAGCUCCCAGGUACAGCUUGGCCAAGUAGAAAUCAAAUGUCCCAUCACAGAGUGUUUUGAAUUCUUGGAAGAAACAACUGUGGUCUAUCACUUAACCCAUGAAGACUCAAUCAAGUAUAAGUAUUUCUUGGAACUUGGCCGUAUUGAUUCCAGCACCAAGCCAUGUCCUCAGUGCAAGCACUUUACAACCUUUAAGAAAAAAGGACACAUCCCCACCCCCUCCAGAUCAGAAAGCAAAUACAAAAUCCAGUGCCCCACUUGCCAAUUCGUCUGGUGUUUUAAGUGCCAUUCUCCUUGGCAUGAAGGUGUUAACUGCAAGGAGUACAAAAAAGGAGACAAACUGUUGCGUCACUGGGCCAGUGAAAUUGAACAUGGGCAGAGGAAUGCCCAGAAGUGUCCAAAGUGCAAGAUCCAUAUCCAGAGAACUGAAGGAUGUGACCACAUGACCUGUUCACAGUGUAACACUAAUUUUUGUUAUCGAUGUGGAGAGAGAUACCGUCAACUCCGGUUUUUUGGAGACCACACAUCAAACCUCAGUAUAUUUGGAUGCAAAUAUCGCUACCUCCCAGAGAGACCUCAUUUAAGGAGAUUAGUGCGAGGGUCAGUCUGUGCUGGAAAAUUAUUCAUUGCACCUCUAAUCCUGGUUUUGGGAUUAGCACUAGGGGCCAUAGCAGUUGUAAUUGGUUUAUUUGUAUUUCCUAUAUAUUGCCUUUGUAAAAAGCAGAGAAAACGCUCACGGACAGGUAUGCACUGGUAGGAUGCAGGUGACUUCACCCAACUCAAGUUAGUCCAGCAGGAGCUGAACAGGAUGGAACACCGCCUGUGAGUCAUGUCUGGAAGAACAGCGAGAGGACCUUCCGCCAUCUCGUCUCCCUGUGGUUCUCUGCAGGCCACGAGCCUCUAGCUACGGUGCACUCCCAACAUGGUAUCCUGGCCUUUACCUAAACAAAUUGCUGCUUUUCAAAAAUGGUCACUUUCAUAAACUAUAAACAUCUGUAUGGUAACUGACAUUCAUGGUUCUUGGAAGAAAAUAGUUUUCCUUAAGAACUGUUGCUCUGAGGACACCUCUCCUGAGUAUUGCUGGGACUGUAUGAGAGACUUGUGAAUAUCCGAAGUCCUAUGAAUCCCAACAAGCAAGGCCACUUUUCAGAGCAUGCAAGUUUACCACGUGUACCAAUGUUCAACUGUGGCCCAAGCAAGAUACGACCUUUGGGUACGGCCAUUGGUAAAGUUGUCAAUGCACAGGGAAGGGAAAUAAGGAGAGUCUUGCGUUACUGACGUGUGUGUGGGUAGGGGUAUGAAUGUGUGUAUAUAUAAAUAUAUAUUAAAGCUAGGCCCCAUAGCCUUGUGCUUAUCUAUUUCCAUGUCUCUAUACUAUUUUUCCACAUUUUCACAGACCUAUUUAGAGAGGAUGAUUACUUUGUGGGUGUAAUUUGGUAAUAUAUUGAAUUAAUAUCAUUGUAGAAAACAGGCUGUUUUGAUAUUGACCCUUUCUGUUUCUUGCUGUCUUUUCUUGUCACCUACACAGGCAUUUGUGCAAUGUCACCCCAAAUCAUAUCAAGCUUUGUAAACUGACAAAACCAAUAGAAUGCUUUUAGGAAAUUCUUACGUCCCAAAUACUCAAUUUUUAUGGAUUUCUUGUGUAUUGGCAUCCAUGUUUCACUCUGUGGAUAAAUGUUUCACGUAGGAUUAUUUAAUCCAAAGAGCUAGUUUUGCCGUAAUGGGAGCAAAUCUUUGAUUCAGUUUUAAUUAGCAAUGUGUAAUUAUAGACAAUUCUCUAGGUCAUUUCAAUUAUUUAACUCCUGCCCUUUUCUCUAGUUCUGUUUUUUUAUUGGUCCUCAAGUUUUUCCUAAAAACAAAUACUAGUUUUCUUAUACUUUCUGCUUGUAUACAUAAUAAUUUGUUGGUAUCUCCUUUAGAGGCUUAAUUUGAAAUGAAAUGUUUUGCAUCUAAAAUAUAAACUGUUUUGGAGAAAGGCAACAAAACAACAAAAAUAUUUUCAGAAAGUUUUUCUAAGAUGUGAAGUCCAUGAAAAUAAGGAGAAUUUCACUUGUCUCAGAAUUCACAAAAUUAGUGAUCUGCCACAAAUGAAGCAUUUGACAACAACACUGUCUGAGUUGAAACAGAUUAUGUGAUAAAACAUGCAUUCACAUAGAGAACUCAUCUUGAUGGGGCAUAGAGUAUAAGAACAUACAUCCUUUUUUUGCUUGACCUGAUAGAGUCCACAAUGGUGAAGGUUACUUGCAUGAGUAAGAAGCCAACAUGUGUGUAUCCUUUCUGAAUAACAGAAUAGCUGUAUAGUUUAGACUAAGCAGUCUACGUCCAGUUAGAGGAGGGUAUGAUAGCUGUAGCUAUUCUAGAAUAGCAUCACUCUACAAUCACCUCAGACAAAAAUGAUGCUUUGUUUUUACAAAGUGAUCUUUCCUUCCAUCCAUUGGUUUUAAAGGUAUUUAUCAACUAUUUCCUUCAGGUUCUCUAGCAUUAGAACAAAAGAAUGAGAAUUUCUAGCCCAAAUACAUGCUUCUGUAAUAAAAUAGUGAUUUGUUUUUGGAGAAAAAUUCAUCUUUCCUGGACUUAGGCAUCAGUUUGGCAAAGCAUGAAUAUCAUGGUUUUGUAUAUGUGUGCAUAUAUAUGCAUAUAUACAUGCAUAUACAUAUAUGCCAACUGGAUAAACAAUAUGCUCUCUGGUUUUAGAUCAUGUGUUUUCCUAAGUUACUGUAUCUGUUGUCUUCUGCCUACUCAGGGAUUUUUAUUCCUUUCUUUAAAUAACUUAUCUUUUAAAAGUAUUUUUAUAUGAUUUGGAAAACUUUCCAAUAUGACCGUUACAAUGAUGUCAGUGAAAGCUGUUUCAUCAAUGAUUGGGAGAGUAUGCACUGUAUUACACAGGAUUCUCAUUUUUCUAUUGCAUAGUUUUUUAAAUAAAUGUAUACAUUUUUCUCUUUAAAGGUUGAAGUAUAUGAAGCAUUUCCUUGCUGGUAACUCAAAGUAAUUGGUGAAUUUUUUUUGUACUAAGUUUCAAGAUCUUAAAAAGAGAGAAGAAAAUUAAGAGGAUAAUUUAUAUGUCAGUGCUAACUUUGAAGGUAAACAGUAGUAUAAUCUUUAGGAUAAAUUCUGAAAAUUACAUUGGAGAAAGAAAUGUGCAUAUUCAAUAACUAUCUUUGUAUUGGAGACUUGUCAUUUUUAUAUAUAUUAUAGUGUAAGUUUAAUAUAUACUCCUUUAAAAAUCCCACAGUUAUAAAAUACAGAUUCCUCUGCUUUCUCCACCCCUUAUUUUAUAGGGAUGACUACUAUUGAUGGUUUGAUGUCCUUCCAGAUGCUUUCUGCAAACCUAUAAGGAAGUAUAUGUGUGUGCACAUGCACCUGUGUAUAUUAGUUUUUUUUACAAAUAGAAUAAUUUUACUUUCCUGUGACUUUCUCAUUUUAUUAAAUGUUGGUGAAUACCUUCCCAUAUGAAUUUAUAUAGAUGUAUCUCAUUCUUUUGUAAAUUCCUACAUUUUCUGUUGUAGGGCUGUACUUUAAUGACAGUCUUUCACUCAAUGGAUAUAUCUUUUUCACUUAUCUAUUACAAGGAAUUCAUCAGUACAGACAUUUUGAAUAUAUUUUUGCCAUCUUGAAUAAACAUUGCCAUAAGUUUUUAAAUUUUGUUUUUAUUAGAUAUUUGUACUAAAAUUUUUUAUACAUUUUCAGGAAAUGAGAUCAUAGUAAUAAUAUAUUUGAGACCCUUUUUUGAAAUGUAAGAAGAUUGUGCAAGAGUGCAUAAUUUUUAAAUCAAAUCAUAUUUUGAAGGACAAUUUCCUCCAUUUGAUUAGCCAAAUAACUACCUUGCCAAACUUUAGAAGAGAAAAUUAAUCUUUUUCCAAUAAAAGUAGAAUGUCAGAUAAUGUGAAAAAGACAAAUUAAUCCUGAGGUUGCCUCGUUUAAAACCAGAGUGAUUUAAAUGAAUAACUCAAGCCAAAUUCAUGACAUUUGUCACAGUUUUUAAACACUGUGCACAUUCAUGCAUGUUGCUGCACAGAGGAAGUUAGUUCUAUCAUUGUGAACAAGAGGAAACAGUAUGGUAGCAAUUACAUACACCCACAAUAAUCUAUAAAGAGAUGAAUUAAAUUCAUAAGGUUUGUUGGAAUGAUUAUACAUUGCAUAAUAAUAUGAAACACAUUUUACAGUUAAUUACAGCAGUUGUCUUGGCAUUACAUUAAGAAGAAGAAAGUGGGGGGGAGACCUGUGGUACAAGCAAUAUACCAUUGCCACCACCUUGAUUUUCCAAUAGGUGCUAUUGUAUCCUAAGAAUAGAACAGGCAGGAAAAUAAUAAAAGAUAAUUAAACGCCAGUCACAUUGCAGCGUAGUAUCUUUGCUUAUAUUUUCUCUGCCAUGGGAUCAAGAUUCAAUGAUGUCUGUGAGGAAGAACUUCCUUGCUCUGCCACGCAUCUCUUCAGUCCCAAGGCCUUCAUCAUUCAGCCACAUGACCCAGUGCUUCCACAAAAUACACUUGCAGUCUUUCUCCAUCCCUUCAUCCCUCCCUAUUUCGGUUUUCUCUACACUUCUGCUGUUCAAACUACUCUUCAUCCAAAGAGAAGAGAAAGAGAAGAGAUACCAGGGGAAGAAAAUCUCACUGUGGCCUGUUCAUAGCGUCUGAAUUCCUUCCUGUCUUUGGUCAAAUUUAAAUACAGCUGCCCACACAUUGACUCAGCUUCUGUCUCUUCACACAAAGGUACUUGUCUUUACAUGAGACUUUUGUGAUGCUCAUUGUCAUAGUUUUAAAUUUUUAAGGGUCUAAAUAACAUUAGUUUCUUUGAGUACACUAAAAAAUCAGUGCCAAAAGUCAUUUUAGAUUUUUGUUUCAUGAGCAAGCAACACUUAGGCAUCAACAUGAAUCCUCACAUUCAGUCUUUUGAUUUGAUCCACGCACUGAGUCAUGUGCUUAUCCUUUCUUGCCUGUAGCAAGAAUAGUUUGUCCCAACUAUUUAAAUUAAUUUUCUUAUAUUCAGCUUUAUUGUUUUGUGUUAACUAAUAAACACAGCCUUAAAGAUUCUAUAGUGCACUUUAAAACAUGGUGCCAUUUUAAAUAAUUCAACAAAGUUAAGUAAUUUAAUAAAAGUAAAACAACUUAUAUGUAUAUUUCAAGGGAAAGGACAAAUUAACUAGGUUAACAAAUACAUGUCAACUCUUUAAACCUAUGGAGAAUUGGAAGCUAAAACAUUUAGGCAAGUCAAAUACGCCUGAAAAAAAAAAAAAAAUAUAUAUAUAUAUAUAUAUGUUAGUUUCUGAAGUUAUAGUUAAUUCUGGAAAUUUAUUACCAAUAAUUUUGCUAUGUUUGGAGCUGAAAUAUAG